AAUUUUAUUUAUAAAGCGUCUUUAGGAAAAUAAAUAUUUGGAGCCGUCAUAAAAAAUGGAUUUUGAAUAUAAACAGAAAACCAAUGCAGAAAGAGCAAAAGUCGAGGACCUUUUUGAUUACGAAGGAUGCAAAGUUGGACGAGGAACAUAUGGACAUGUGUAUAAAGGCAAAAGGAAGAACAGGUUAAACACUGAUGGAAGAGAAUAUGCCUUAAAACAAAUUGAAGGUACAGGAAUUUCUAUGUCAGCAUGUAGAGAAAUAGCUCUAUUGAGAGAGUUAAAGCAUCCUAAUGUUAUCAGUCUACAGAAAGUGUUCCUGUCACACACAGACAGAAAAGUAUGGCUUCUCUUUGACUAUGCAGAACACGAUUUAUGGCAUAUAAUAAAAUUCCACAGAUCAGCAAAAGCAAACAAAAAACAAAUAGAUGUACCAAAAAAUAUGGUGAAAUCUUUGUUGUUCCAAAUCCUUGAUGGAAUACACUAUCUUCAUGCUAACUGGGUAUUACACAGAGAUCUGAAACCUGCCAAUAUUUUAGUGAUGGGUGAAGGUGAAGAAAGAGGCAGAGUCAAAAUAGCUGACAUGGGAUUUGCCAGAUUAUUUAAUUCACCAUUAAAACCUCUUGCUGAUCUAGAUCCAGUGGUUGUGACUUUCUGGUACAGAGCUCCAGAACUUUUACUUGGUGCUAGGCAUUAUACAAAAGCUAUAGAUAUAUGGGCUAUUGGUUGUAUAUUUGCAGAAUUAUUAACAUAUGAACCUAUAUUUCAUUGUCGACAAGAAGAUAUAAAAACAAGUAAUCCAUAUCAUCAUGAUCAGUUAGAUCGUAUAUUUAAUGUAAUGGGAUUUCCACAAGAUAAAGAUUGGGAAGAUAUAAGAAAAAUGCCAGAGCAUGGUACAUUAACUAAAGAUUUUAAAAGAUCAAAUUAUGUAAAUUGCAAUUUAGUAAAAUAUAUGGAAAAACACAAAGUAAAGCCUGACAGUAAACAAUUUCACUUGUUACAAAAGUUGUUGACUAUGGAUCCAACUAAAAGAAUUACCUCAGAACUAGCAAUGAAGGAUCCCUACUUUUUAGAGGAUCCCCUACCAUCUCAGGAUGUAUUUGAAGGUAAAAACAUUCCAUAUCCUAAACGUGAAUUCCUCACUGACGAUGAUGAUGACAAGGCUGAUACAGGAGCAAGCAAGGCUGGAGGCGCCGAUCAGUCAUCAGGACACAAUCAGCCACCAGCGAAGAGAGUACGAGUUAUGCCCCCUUCUACGGUCAGUAGUUCAAUGGUUUCAAGUGAUUAUCAGGCACAGAAUUGGUACCCCUACAAAAAUCAACAUAUUCAUAAUGUUCAAGCACAGCAGCAACUGCAGUUUUCCUCCAGUAAUAUACAGACAUCAACUUCAUCCACAUAUACUUCAAGAUUCUGAGAGUGACUUUUAAUCCACAUAAACUUCAAGAUUCUGAGGGAUUAUAUUUGUCACCAUUUACUAAAGAUUGACUUAAAACGAGAACUUACAGAACGCAUAUGAAAACCUCUGUUUGCCAGUGUUUUUACUUCUUGUUGUGGGAACUUUGUAAUUAAGUUACUGGUACAUUUGACAAUGCUUCAGGUUUCAUAUUUGUUAUCAAUUGCCAGCUUCAAAUAUGUUGAUUUUUCAACUGUUUUACUGUGGAUUCAUUAUUAUUCGUUGAAAUACCAAUAUUUGUGUAUUUCAUGGCUAGCAGAUUUAAAUGUUCAACUAUAUGCAAAUCUGCUGUAUAAUUAAAUGCAGACUUUUAGAAAUAACAAAAUAAAAUAUCCACAAAAAUGGAAGUUUUCCUCAAUCUAAGAUAUUUGGUACCCACGAAAUUAAAUGAAUCCACAGUAUUUAACAAUUAUGAGUGUAAGUUAUCUAUAUUUAAGUAUUUUGAUUAUCUGUAGUUGUAAAGUUAACAUAUUUUGUUUUAUCGUAAAUUCAUAUAUUUUCCCUUUGAUCUUACUGCCUAAUAUUUUCGAGUACAUGUAUUAACGUACUGGCUGUAUCACUGAAAAUAUUAGGCAAUACAUUGUGUGACGUCAUAAAAUUGUGUGACGUCAUAAUUACCGAUAAACAGAAUAAUAGGUAGUUGAGUUUUGAUACUGACUAGAUCAUUUGGAAUAUAUCUUAACUCGCCCUAAAGGGCUCGUCUAGAUAUUCCACAUGAUAUAGUCAGUAUCAAAAACUCAACUACCUAUUAUUCUAUAUCUAUCUACCUUUGCAUUAUACAAUAUACUAUUGUUUAUUUCACUUAUUUCUCAUGAGAAACAUUAUCGUGGAAAUAAGUUCUAGCAGAUAUUUAACUGAUAACAUUAUGUAUAUACACGCAGAAAUGUGAAUUUGUAUUGUAUAGAAUAUUGUAAAUAUAAGUACAGGAAGUAAAUGCACAAUCACAAUGCACUGUGUAAACAAUAUGUUUAAGAUUUUUUAGGUCAGUCAGCAGUUUAACUUUUCUUUUUGAUUAUUAUCUUUUGUCAUGUCUUUUUUAUUUCAAAAUAGUUUUUUUUUACAUUCUAUUUUCUAAGUUUACAGUACUGCUCUAAACCUAAAACAUAGGUUAUUAUGAUAAAAAAGUAACGGAUCUUUUACAAAGAUGUCUCAUUUCAUGUUUAUGUGGUAGAAUUAAUUACCUGGAAAGAUUGUUAGGAUGAUAUGAAUCUGAUUGACCUACUUCUUUGAAUGAAUUGAAUCUGAUUGACCCAUUUCUUAUAUGAGGAAUCUAAUUCAUCUAUUUCUUUUAUUAGAUGAAUCUGACCUAUUUCUUUUAAUGAGAUGAAUCUGAUUGUCCUGUUUCUAUGAGAUUAUUUGGAUAGAACUAUUGCCUUAAAGAUAAUUCUUUAUGACAUAAAUCUUUUACAACACAAUUCAGAUUGUUUAAGUAGAUUAUUGUUGAGUUAAUUCUUUACAAGUGAAACUUAUUGACCUAUUUCUUUUAUGACAUGAUUAUAUUGACCUAUUUAUUUGAUGACAUAAUUUUGAUUGACCUAUCUAUUUGAUGACAUAAUUUUGAUUGACCUAUUUCAUUCAUUGGAUGAUUCAAAUUGACCUAUUUCUUUCAUUAGAUGAUUCAAAUUGACCUAUUUCUUCACCACCUGAUAGAAUGAUGCUAAACAUGUUUAAAGUUCAGCUAAAUAUUUGAUGACAUUGUAUAUCCUUAGCUUAUUUUUGCUUUAGAUUAGCAAGCUUGACUGUUAUGGUAGAAAUUUGUAACUAUUUUUCUCUAUAGGAAAUUACAUUUUCAAAUUGUUUAACAUUGCCAAGACUAUUAUAAAGCGACCUAAGUGAUGAUAUCUUAAAAAAAAAAAUCAUUUUGUGAGUAGAUUGUGCAAUGUUAUUUGGUUAAUAUAAAGAGUCUAAAGAUAUUUGGGUAUCACACGUAUCAUUCCUGGCCAUAAAAGGUGCUAAUGUUUCUCUUGUGGCAUUAUUUUAUGAUGUAUUUGAAUUAGUUAUUAUAUUUCAAUAUGUGUUCAUAAUGCUACUCUGUAAACUUGGUUUGUACAAUUAUUGUGAACUUUUAAGUUUAACCUUAUUAUUGUAUGUAUAUAAUUUAUGUAAAUAAUCACUUAAGUUGUUGAAGAUUUUUUCUGGAUCUGCCAAUCAUUAUUCUUUACAUGUAUUUUUGAUCUGCAUUAUUUUGGUCCUUCUUUGGUUUGAUUUAUAUGUUAACAUUAAUGAAUGUUUUAGAUAACUAUAUGUUUUUUUAUCAAAUGAAAAAUUUUAGUCCUUUAGUAUGAGAACUGUUUAUUAGAAUUCACAUUUAUGUCCUUUUUUGAAAAAAACAUAUAGAUUUUUGUGAAUUUAGAAUAUGAAACACAUCCUUUAUGUGUUGUUUCAUUUCUGUUUAAAUAGACAGUUAAAUUUUAAACAUUAUUGUCAAUCAUAUGAUAUUAUAUGACAAAUAUCCCUCAAGUCAUUCAUUAACUUUUCACUUAUUAACAUGGUCAACAACAAACCUUAAGAGCCCUAUAAAUUUGUUAAAAAUCAUUUAAACCUUACAAAUCUAAUAAAACAAAAUAUAAUUAGUUCAAUUAAACUAUAGAUUAUUAUUUAUUUUGAAUGGUUAUUGGGUAGGAAUCCUGGUAAAAUUCUCAAGCGCAGGAUUUUCCUGGAAAAAGCUAUCAUAUGAAAUUAGAAAAUUCCAGUAGGUUAUUUGAAACAAAAAGUACAAAAAAGAUAACAGGCCUACAUUCAAAUCUGUUUUGCUUGUAUGAGUAAAUGCAUGUUUGUAUUGUAGUGAGAUUGUUUAAAAGAAGAUGUGUAAAAUAAAGAAUAUGGAGAAUA